AUGAUGACAUUGACACAGUUUUAUCUCACAUGUUUGUUUCUGGGGCAAAUGGCUCACACAAAUGAUUUGAAAUUGUCUGUUCAUCAAGAAAGACGUUUUAUAUCAGUUAAUACUGGGCAAAGUGUGACUUUGAAUUGUUUUUAUAACGCUAACGAUGUGGCAAAGUUUUUCUGGUACAAGCUGAACUUGGGACUGAAACUGAAGCUCAUUUCUACUUUGUAUAAGUACGACACCAAUGCUACAUUUCAUGAUGAAUUCAAGAAUGAUUCACGAUUCACAGCGGCUACUGAGGAAAGAAAAAUCUACUUAAAGAUAACAAAUGUGCAAAUUUCAGACUCUGCUAUUUACUACUGUGGAGCUUAUGGCUACAUGUUUGAGUUUGGAGAGGGUACUUUUGUUGAUGUAAAGGGUUCAGGGUCGAACAUCCCAACUUUACUGCAUCAGUCAGUAUCUGAGACCAUCCAACCAGGAGGCUCUGUGACUCUGAACUGUACAGUACACACUGGGACCUGUGAUGAAGAACACAGUGUUUACUGGUUCAGAGACUCUGAAGCAUCUUUCCCAAGAAUCAUUUACACCCAUGGAGGCAGGAAUGAUCAGUGUGAGAGGAAACCCAACACACAGACACACACCUGUGUCUACAACCUGCCAAUGAAGAGCCUGAAUACGGCUCAUGCUGGGACCUACUACUGUGCUGUCGCCUCAUGUGGACACAUACUGUUUGGAAACAGGACCAAGCUGGACUUUAAGGAUGAGGGGAACUGUUGUGUCUCUGUGUAUUUCUUGAGUGGAGCGUUGGCAUUCACCACACUUCUGAGUGUUUUAAUGGCUUUUUUAUUGUGUGUAACCCACAAGAGAAAGAGCACCACGUGCACAGGUACUGCAACUGCUAUUGUUACUAUCAAUAAUGAAGGAGACAUCCAUUAUGCGGCUUUAAGGCAUCCGAGAGCUGACAGACCAAGAAGAAAGAGUAACAACAGCAAGGCUGAAUGUGUCUACUCUAGUAUGAGGCAGUAG